UUUUACCCAUUGCUCCAGUCUUAAUUGCUCUAGUUCUGUGAUCCUUUCCUCCCAGGUCUUAUUCUUCAUUCAUUUAGACACGGAGGCAGUUUUCUUCUUCACCGUCUCAAGCUUUUCUCUUGUUAGUUCUUCCACAAUCUACUUUCUUCCCCAGAACACAGACACCACUUGCUAACUCCUUUCAAUAUUGCAAAUAUUCUCCAACUGCUUUUGAGAGAGGCCUGGUGGGGAUGAGGAUAUUUAGCUUGCAGAGAAGCACAGGCUGAGCAAUGAGAUCUCCUGUAUCUGAAGGCCUGCUUGAGUGCAAUGAGCAUCCAGUUCUUGUACACAUUCAUUGGGGAAGAGUAACUUGUAUUAAAGUCAAAGAGAUCGUGGGUGCACAAAAGGGGCAGAAAGGGCGCUAGGAUGAAGGCUGAGGGAGGAUGCAAAGAUUCUGUGGAGUCAGCAAUGGUCUCACUGUGGGACUGUCCCACUGAUCCUCGCACACUGCAUCUCUUUUAUCCUGUUCCUUGAUUCUAGGCUUCCCCCAGGGGUACAGAACAGAACAUGUUCUUCCUUUCCCCACUAGCCCAAGUUAUGGAAAAGGGAUUCAGGAAUGAGGAAGCAGGUGAAGGAAGGGCACAAUGGGGGGAUUUUCACUGGACUUAGCCGUCCUGCACUGUCCCUUUUGCCAAAGGCAUUUCAUAAUACACGUUUUAGCAUUGGAUCUCAGCUGCUGAGCUCUUCAGAUGAAGGCGGCCCCUGUGCAGAGAGGAAUCUGUGGCAGGGACUCAUUCGGGAGAGGCUGGGAGCCAGUCAGACAGGCAACAGCCCAGCUUCUGCUGAAGGCUCUGAAAGGCCUCUCUGUGGUGUUUCCUUUGGUCCUAGGUUCCUCCUGGCCCCUAAGCCACGCUUUCUCCUGCACCUGUAUUGACCUUGUGCCUCUUUCUGCAGUGAAUGUGACUCUGGAUCCAGCCUCUGCUCAUCCUGGCCUCGUUCUCUCUAGGAAUGGGAAAGACACGAAAGUGGAAAGUGCACGAACGAGUGCAGAAGAAACAUUCAGUGUCCUGGGCCAGAAGUCCAUCACCUCUGGGAGACAUUACUGGGAGGUGAAGGUGGAAAUGGAGGUUGGGAAUAAAGCCACUUGGCAUCUUGGAAUUUGUAGGGACAGUGCAAGCAGGAGUGGGUGGGUCAGAGAGUCCCCAGAAAAGGGGUUCUGGGCCGUAGGAUGCAGUGACGGGAUAUUUCAGCCAAUGUUUAGUAAACAGUCAGUGGCUCCAUCCCUGGGGAAGCCCCCAGAGCAGAUAGGCAUAUUCCUGGAUUGUGAGGCAGGAGACGUCUCGUUUUACAACAUGACAGACGGGUCUCACAUCUACAACUUCCCCCCAGAAUCCUUCUCUGGCCCUGUGUGCCCAUACUUUAGUAUACAGACCCUCGAUACAUCUUUCACCAUCUGCGGUGUGUCAGACAGACCUGAGAGCAUCCCUGCCCCUUCUCUGGAGACCCCAGGGACCGCCCAAGAGCAGGAAAAGUUUCUUGGUGACAAGAACAAGGCUCUGGAGGAAGAAUCUACCCCAACACAAAGUCAUUCUCCACCUCAUUAUAAGCCUGUCUCCCAGCAUACCAAGUAACUGAGCUCUCAGUGUCCCCUCUUUGAUAAAUUCUCCCUAACAACCAACUUUCCCUAAGCUUAUUUCAAAGCUCUCAUUUAAUGAAAGCACCCACUGCAUAGAAAAGAGCCAGAAUCUGAACUCUGUUUUUUUCUUUUAGAAGAAGUAGAGCAGGAAUAUAUACCAUUUGGCAUCAGUUCUAUGCAUAGGCCCUAGAAAGAGCAAGAUUUUCUUUUGUUCUUUUCCUAUUUAUUUUUCUAAAGCACAUUUCUUAUGUGUUCUAAAUACUGUUGAGAUGACCAAAAUAGAAGCCUAACUUUCUUGCUUCAUUGGAGUUUGUAGGUUACUGUGGAUUCUCAAAGACUUUGCCAAUGAUACAUGGGUCUUGGUGAUGAUGGGUCUUGAAAAGUCUAACCCAAGUGUCUUGUCUGAGGGCGAUUUUGUUCAGUAUUGAGUGAAACAUAUCAAGUAGGUUAGCCACUAGGCUAAUGACUUCUUAGACACAGGCAAUCCAUAAAACAAACUAAAAGAAAUGUACCUUAAACAUUUAUAAUAUUCUACUUUUUGUAGUGUUAGUGGAGUGUUGGGAAAGGGGGUAAAGGGUAUUGAGUCUCGAUUUUUAGAUCACCUAUAAAUAAUAAGAGAAGAUAUUUGAAAGGUGAGAUUUCCCCUUGAGGAUCUUGGGGUUAGCAUGGACUAGAAUGACAUAGGAUGAGUAGCUAUGGAUGAAUUGUUAUUCAAGGAGUCCCCAUGUGCCCUGAAGUGCCAAAGAGGCCACUGCUCCAUGACUGUGCUUGAGUGGUAUGAUGAGGAAAGAAGACAAGACCAUAAUCUUGAGUUACUUGUAAUUUACCUAGGUAAAGAGAGCAAUGUCUGUUGUCUGCAUAAAAAUCAGAAAUCAAGUAUAUAUUGAUGUUUUACUUGUGUGGAGAUAUGGUACAAGCUGACUCUAAAAAACCCCAAACCCAAAUUG